AUGUCCGCUACACAAAGCCCGGCAUUCGCUAUCAGCCAACCAACCAAACUCACCCACCUACUCACUAGCCAACACACUGCUCACCCACCUCUUCUCUUUCUCCAUCUCCCAUCCAACAGGCACUCAGUCCCAGCCACGACCCAGGCAAAAUCCAACGAACCAAUCCAACCCGCAAUCACUCACUGGCGGCCCAACAAGAACACUCUCCAGCACCCUACAUUGCGCCAUCUGUCCCAUCUGCAACCCCCGUCCCUGCAUCCUCCCAGUUUCCCGCAAGAAGACGUCACCGUACAUGACUGGCUUGGCUCCAAAGCAAGAUUCCAUGCAGUAGUCCUGACCUAA